AUGGCGCAACUCUUCUUUUGAAAAAAUUACUUCCAAAUAAGAGUCCUCAAUGUGCACAUCAUUUUAAAAAGGAUAUAAGUUCAAAUCAACUACCAAUAGUUUUAAAAAUGACACCCAUAGUUUCAUAGUUUCAUUUGGAGGGAGACUCGAUUUCAGACUUUCAACCUCGAUAGCACGACCUAACAGUUUCCUCUCAUCUUUUUCUUCUCGGGAAGCUCCCUUUCCAUUUGAGAGGGACGAGUUCAGAGCUUUUAGUGGCCUUGGAGUAGGAAAUUGGAAGAAGCAGCUGGUGGAGGAAAUAGAAUGAAUUUUGAAUUUCGCUUGAUUGGGUUUUUGAGUUUCUUCAUUGCAAACAGAGUGCCGGCGAACGUUCAACCGUUUUCAGGUCCUCUCGAUGUCUGCAAAGAGUCAUCUCAGCCUCUGUGAUUCUCCGAUUCUCAUCGACGAUGGUAGAAAGAGCUUUGCAUUGGAGAAAUGGACCGGGAGGAAAUGCUACAUGCUUUCUGCAAGGGACCUUACAAUUACCUGGUCCAAUUCUCCAGAUUAUUGGAGAUGGGUACCCGACCCAGAUUCCAGAUUUUCGGAAGUGGCUGAGCUUAUUGAUGUUUGUUGGUUUGAAAUCAAUGGCGAAAUUAGUAUCCAGAUGUUGUCCCCAGAAACAUCAUAUGCGGCGUACUUGGUGUUCAAAUUGACAACAAGUGCUUAUGGGUUUGAAGGACAUCCAGCAGAGAUCACUGUAGAACUUGCUGGAAGUGAAAAGGAUAAGCGUAGUGUUUUUUUGGUUCCAGUACGAGGACAGAGGCGCCAACACCAAACUUUAAGAAGGCUAACUGGUUUGUUUAACUGCAGCCGGGUUUCGGGUUCGCAACCCUCUGUGCCUGCCGGAAAAAGCUACGGCAAAUACCCGAAAGAGAGAGUAGAUGGGUGGCUGGAGAUUGAAUUGGUUGAGUUCUAUAACAAGAAAGGCGGAGAUGGAAAAUUGAAGAUAUGUUUACGGGAAACAGGUGGUCACUGGAAAGGUGGUGUCAUUGUUCAAGGGAUAGAGAUUAGGCCGAAAGGAGAAAACAAAAUUAAGCAAGCAAUCGCUACUUGAAGAUUGGGCCAAAGACUAAUUUUUUUUUUCAGGAUUUUAUAUUAAUAUGUUGUAAUUUAUUAUAUUAUAUAUAACAACAAUUGAAGCUUCA